CGAAAUGGACGUUUCUCUCGUGGAAAAAAUUGUGCACGAGGUGAAAUCCCAGGGAGUAUUUGACGAGUUUCGCAAGGAUUCUAUGGCCGAUGUUGACACAAAACCAGCAUACCAAAAUCUAAGGCAACGAGUUGAAAAAUCCGUAAAAAAGUUUCUAUCCGAACAAACAUGGACUCCAGAAACGAACAAGAAUCAGUUAAGGGAGAAGCUACGACGUCACAUUGCCGAAUCCGGAUUUCUAGAUGUGGGUGUAGAGAGAAUUGUUGACCAGGUUGUAAAUCCGAAGAUUGGAAGUGUUUUUCAACCCCGAAUUGAAGAGAUAGCCUAUAAAUAUUUGGGCUUGCCACCACCACCAAAAGUUUUUGAACCUCCUCCUCCCCCGUUAAUGCAUCCUCUACCACCAUUACCUUUAACUGCCCCACCGCCACCAUUGAAAGUCGAAACUUGUAGUUUGCUGCCGAAUGAUUUGGAACAGGUAAGCCCUGAUUCAGAUAAGGCAACGGUCAAAUCUGAGAUUGAAGGCGACGAUAAGACCGAAGUUGAUAUGGACACUGAAGAUAAAAUCAUAGAUGAUGAUGAGUCACCUCCCUUUGAGCCGUUGGUGAAAAACGAAACUACAGAGGUAAAACAAGAACCGAAUACGUUAAAGACAGCGGCAGAAGAGUCUGAAACCAAUAUAAAGAAGUAUGAAGACGCAAGUAGUGUGAACAUUAAAACUGAGGCCAAAGAAUCGGGCGAAAGUCAGAGUUCGAACAAUUUUAAUCCAACUAACUUGGACAAGGAUAACAACAGUCAAUCUAUGGAUUGUAGAAAUUCACAAGACUCGCAAUUGUCUAGUGUUUCCAGUGACACUCGUUUGACUCCAGAAAUUAAGGAUGAUUCUGGGCCACCGCGAACGUCACAAGAGGAAGCUGUAACAGCAAACAUAUCCGAAGAGGCACAAAUGCCAAAAUUCAAUGAGAACUCUAGUGAACCCAGCUUUACAAAUGGUCGCAAAGAAUUGGAUUCCGAACUACAUUUCGAUAUAAAAAAAGAUGAAAUAAAAUUCGAAGGCACUGAACGAAAGAAAAUGGAUGAUUCUCAGGUAUCGCCGUUGAAUGAUGACAUAAAAUGCGACUUGCCACCGGUCACCCCAUUGCCAGAUAACAAGAAUGAUAUGUUUAAGUUCUCGGUAAAUUCUAGUUCGAUAGCAGAACAGAGGGAAGAUGACAUGGAACGAACACCCAAUGGCCAGGAAUCAAGCUUUGGAUCAAGUAUUGAUGACUCGGCAUCUAUUCCAACAAACAACACGACGCAAGCAACGCAAGUGGAGGAGAAAUAUAAGGAAGUUAGUAUUGAAGAUAAGUCACCUAAAAUCGCAACUCCCAAAAUACCAUCAACACCAACGCCCACUGCUACCCCAACAGCCACCCCAAAUGCUACGCCUACUCCUACUCCUCCCACAUCACAACUGUCAGCGGCAACGCCAUCACCUAUAUCAACCCACAGAACAGACAGAGAGCACUCAUCUCGACACUCUUCAUCUUCAUCUAAACAUAAAAAACAUUCAAAAGAACGUCGUCGGUCCCACGACAGAGAGAAGGAUAAAGAUCGGUAUCGUUCUAGUAAGGAAGGAAAAGAUCGACACCAUAGUAGCAAUAGCAGCAGCCACAGGGGUAGUAGUAGUAAACAUUCAUCGUCCUCGUCUUCAAACAGGCAUUAUUCUUCAUCGUCCCAUAAUAAAUCGACGUCCGAAAAGGAUGUGGAAAGAUCACAUUUGUCGUCCAGGCAUGGUAAAUAUUCAUCUUCCUCGGACAAGCGACAUUCUUUGCCGUCUUCGCAUAAGGAUCAUUCAUCAUCGUCCUCUAACACAUCGUCGACAAUGGCAAAAACUAGUCGUCGCAACGACGAUGAUCACUAUGAGGCUAAACAUAAGUCACAAAGAAGGAAAUCUACCGAUUCGAAUGAUGAGGAUGGUGAUAAAGGGGGCAAUAGCACCGGUGGUGGAGGAAAAUCAACUCACCAUCAAAAACCUUCGAGUGCAAGUAGUUCCAAGUCAAAAUCCAAAUAUUCCAACGAUACAAGCAAUUCAACACCAUCCAAAGAACAUGACACCCAACAAACAGAUGUCACCGAACAUCCAAAACCAAAUAAUAAUGUGGUAAUACUUAAUGAUUUGUUGCAAAAUCCAGAGACCCAAUGCAUUCACCUGGACACUCGAGGUCACUUAAUAGAAGUCCCGACAAAUCCCACGGACAAAAAAUUACCAGUAGCCGAAAGCGAAGAAAAUAAAAGCGCGGAUCUUUUAUAUUUUGAUGUGGACUUGCAGGAAUCCUUAAGACAGCGAAUAAAUACGCUUAACGAUACCAUGGAUUUGUGCCGUAAAGCCGUUAAUUAUUUGCGUUUCGACUCUCCCGUUGACGAAGGAAUUGAGUUGUCCAGUGAAGAUGAUUACAAUCACAACCGAGCCAGAUCAUCGAUUAGCUCAAUAAGAUCUUCCCUGAAACGUAAAUCCACUAUCAAUUAUGAAGAUUAUGAGCGAACUCCGCAAAAGCGUUGCCCAACAGAAAAGAACGAAGAAAAUUCCUUGAAAACAUCGCCAACGCCAUCCGAUCUCAGUGUUAGCUCCAAAGAGAAUGAAGAAAUAGACAAAAAUUCUGCUCUUUCUAAGAAACUGGAUCGCCACAAGGCGGCGGUGGAAAAACUGUCGCAGCAGCAACGUUACACUAGCGAUGAUUUAUAUAAGCCACGUCCAAUAUUGGGUCAGCGGUCUAGACGUAGAGGGAUGGAUUCUGUUAUGUAAUUAUCUUUUUGUUUGU